CGAAGGAACAUCUCAGACUGAGGACCGGUAAUUAGUCAAAUGAGCAAACGUUCCGACCACCUGUAGCGAAGAACUUGGAGUUCGAAUGAUUGCUCGACUUGUGAAACAGCACGCGAUAAAGUAACGUAAUGAUAGUAAUCAUUAUUACUUCGUCGCAGAUGUCCCGAUGUUAAUCGAACGAGACGCCGGAAUAUGCAAGAGGCAACGUUCAGAAAUUUGUUAUUUGAAAUCUCGAAGUCGUUUGUUACAAUUCCGAUCGAAAAAGAUCACCGAAUCCAUCAGAAACCUUCAUUACCUGGACCGUACAAAGACCGGAACAAUGCCUAUGCAACAAUAUAAAAAAAUAUCUGAGAGAAUCUUUCCGAUGGAAUCGAUUCAGAAACGGCAGAGCUCGAUGUGCCGAAUAAAGAAAUCCUUCAAACGUAACAACAUCCUGCGAAGCAUCGAAAAACAGAUAACGAAAGACGGAAAAAUUGUGAAAGCCCAAUUUCAAAAUGAAAUCGACGAAUUGAACGACAGAGAAGCUCGAUCGUACGCGCAGAUGAUAGCCAACUACAACGAAGUUAUUUACGGAUCGAACUCGAGGCUCCAGAAGGACAAUAUAAACUCAAUGGGAAUGAUUAUCCACAGAAGUCCAUUCAGUACCGCGUCCGUAGUUUUAUUAAAAUUGAAAACGAAACAGGACGAGGGCAAGAGAGAGAAGAUCUCCUCCACUUGUUUGAACGGCUCUUGCUCCAGCCACAGCAAUAUUGGCAAAUUGAUCAAAGAAUCGACCAGUUCUCGUCACUAUUCUCAAUACAAUAACAACAAGAAUUCGAUGAGUCACGGCAACGAGCUUCAACGAUCUUCCUCGUACGCGGCUAUGAUCGAAAGAUACAGCAACGCGAUGAAAAUUGGGAACGAUUAUUACGGCUGGAUUGGGAAUUUGAUGCCUAAGCGAACCGUGUCCACGAAUCUCGAGGAAAUUCCUGUUUCGAUCGAAGCGAAGAAAACCGAUAAGCCCGAAUUCCCGAUAAUAGACGAAAAGACAAAGAUAAAGGACGAACAGGAUCAGUGGUUGUCGAAAGUGGACGACGUGAUAAGGAACCUGAAACGAAUCACCGAAAAGACGGAGUCGAUGGACGAGAAGUUGAAGAAGAAAGAGAUGACAACGCAGGUGAACGAGCGCGCCAAGUGGUUGGACAGGGUGAUGGACGCGCACAAGAAGAGCAUCGAGGAGAGAAAAUCGAUGGAGGAGAAAGAUUCGAUAAUAACGAGUUCGAACGAGACGAAUCGCCACAACGAAAUGCUCGAGAACGGUAACACGUGGAAGACCGUGUUGACGAAAAAUUCGUCGAAGCAACCCCCGAGAUUUCCAUUCGAGAAACCUUCCUCCACCCCCAUAGUGGAUUACAUCAAACGGGGGCCGGUGAGCUCGGGAAGCCCGACGAAUACGACGGGGAGCACAUCGAAAACACCGUCCCAAACCCCGACAUCGGUUAUAACGGGCACGACCAAAGAGCCCCAAAUCGAACUGAGAAUGACGCCUUCGCAGAACGAGUCUGUCGUGUCCAUCAACGUCGACGAGCAGGCGGCAAAAACUGUGGGGAGUAGCGCCAAGGAGCAACUCUCGGUUGUAAUAUUGUCGAAGAAGAAUACAGCCGGGAAGAUGGAGAUGAGCAACACGAGCCAGCAGAACACCGAUUUCGGCUCGAUGCAAAUAUCUAUCAGCGAGAACACGAUCCCCGUCAAGCAAAUCGAAUUUUCCAUCAACGGGAAACCUGUUUCGGAGUUGAAGAGUAUCGUUGCAAGGGCGGACAAGCUUGACGUUUUCAGCUCGAUGGACAAGGUCGAGAUAAGAAUCCCGUCGAAAGAUCGGGCGACCGUGUUGAAGGAGCAAUCGAGAACGAUCGCGGCGACAUCGAAACCAGUGCUGAACCUGCAGAUAGCCGCGAAAUUUAACGAUCCACGGGUCCAACAGCCCAGAGGCGCGGAUAUAAAGAAGGACACCCCGUCACCGGUCUCGCCGGCCAACCCUUCCCCACCCUUGCCGCCCCCCGUCAAACCGCCUAGACCGCAGAAUCUUUUCGACACUAUUGACAUUAAGAAAGGUGGGACGAUGAAAGAGGAGGCGAGGAAGGACGAACCUUCGAUAAAAGGAUUGGAAACGUUAGAUAUCAUGGAUGUUAAUAAGAGCGAAAAUAUCAGCACGCCGCCACCGACCCACCAACAAAUCGAAACAUUAUCCGUGCCCGGUAUUCAUGGUUCAGUAGCAAAAGAAGAAAAUGUUUUAACCGUGAGAAAUAUUCCAUUAAAUUUAAAUCCUAACGAGGCUAUCUUUCAGAAAGGAUCCGUACCGCAAGAAAAUUGCCCCUCGCAACUCCCCCCUUCGAUGAAUAAGGAGAAUUUGAGCAACAAAGCACAGCAAGAAAAUAAAAUCCCUUCAAGUGUCAUUCCCUGGUGGUCCUCGGAGGAUUCGUUCAAGAACAUCAAGAAGAAGGAUAAUAACCCGAGUAGGAAGACUGCUGUGUCUUUGGAGGGUACGUUGCCAUUGGUGCAGACAGAGGAGGAUCACGCGUUGCAAAAGGAGAGUAUAAGCAGCGACGUUACAUCGAGGGACAAGCACGAUUCCAUCGAUUCGAAAAGAAUCAACAAUCCAGGCGACGAUACGAAGAAACCGUCCAUCAUCGAAACCGAGCCGAUAGUUAAUUAUCUCGAGGAGGGUGGCAAGAGGUGCGCGCCGAUCAAGCUCGAGGGUGCAAAGGCAUCGCCAAGGAAUGCCAAGAACAGCGGGAGGAUAGUAAAGAGAUCGAAGCUUCGCGUCAAGCAUAAGAAUUAUCGCAGGAAAGCGCCGUUGCCGGUGAAAAAAGAAUCGGAGGCUUCGAGUUCGAUGUGUUCGGUGUGCUCGCCGAAAAUCCUUAAAUACGUCCAGGUCGUCCCGCGGGAGGCGAAGAUGGAGAAGAAAUCCGAGACGAAAACGAAUUUAAUCGAUCAGAAAACUGGCCACGAGGUGGAUAAAUUGAAGUUGAACGAAGAGAAGAAAACAGAGACGAAAAUCGUGAAGUCUAUAAUACUCGUGGGGGACGAUACCCACGUUGAAAAGGCAAAUGUACAGAAUUCAAACACGGUAUUCAAAAAGGAGAACGCAUUAGGCAAAAGUAGCGCUAACAAAUCUGCUGAUGUUUCAGCAAAAUCAUCGUCGCCUGCAGGCAAAGUCGAUUAUGAUGGGAAGAAAGAAGGCCGCCAAGGGACGGAGGGAACAACAGCAAAGGACCAAGCGGACAAAUUGGUCAACGAAGACCAGCGUAUUAAAGAGAUUCUGAAGUCCAUGAAACCGAUAGAGAAGAGGAAGGACGGCACGUUGAUUGAUUAUGGCGUGACAGUGCCGUCGAGGAAGCCGUCGUCGAACGCAACGAGCACCAAAAUUGACCUGUUAUCGAAACAAUCGGUGUCAUCCUCGGAGAAGAUCAUCGAACCGACGAAAAUUUUUUCCACCAAGAAGCAGGCAACAUUGAUAGAAUCGACCAAUUUAGGGGAGCAGCUGAAAAUCAUGGAGGCAGAAAGGACACAUUCGGUAAAGAAAAUAACAAAAUUAGACGAUUCUAAAGUUGAAAUAAAAAAACCUGAAUUAAAGGUGGAAGCUGAGGUUGCAGCGAAUCAAAAUAAGGCAAAAGAAUCAUUGGUUAAUGCGAAGAGAGAUGAUAAUUUUGAGGCACAAAAGAAUGCCACUGCGAAUCUUCAUAAUUUAAAACAAGCCGGCAACACCUCUGCUACGGAUCUGUUCAUGGAACCACAAAAAAUAAGGAUAACAGGGGCAGCACCUUUGAAAGGGACUCUUUCCAAUCACGAAUUAGAAAAUUUUAAGAAAGUUAACGAUCCAACGAAUGUUAAAUCGGAGAACGUAUUCCCUGCAAGUUCCAUCGCGUCGAAAAAUAGCGAGAAAAAAGAGUCGAAAGAUGUUUUAAAAUUAAUAGAUGAGAAGAAAAUGUCGAUAGAAUUAUUGAACAUGACCGCAUCCUCUUCCCCUAAUAAAGUCGAGAAUACAACAACGAACAAGGUCGAUAUUUUCCCAUUAAUGGGAACCAUUAAUCCUGUUCCAGAAACGAAAUCAAGCAACGAAACAGUGAAAAAUGAUUCGCUUAUAAAAGAAUACGCCAUUCCAUUGAAAAAGAAUGCGGAUAAAACUGGCGCCGCGCCGUUAGAAGGCACUAUUCAACAUUCGAACAACUUUGCCAACAUGAACGAGAAGAAAGCAAAUUCGAACGAGGGAAAGAACGAUUUGCCCAAAAUGGAUAUAUUAAAGAAAUCCUCAGACGGAGGAGGAGGUAACGCGGGAUCAAAUCCUGUCCCCGUAGGGCCUGCUGGAUUUGUGCAAUCGAGUAUAUAUACACCUACGACGUGUAAGCAAAGAAAUUGGGAUUAUAAUAAUAAAUAUAACCAAGAAUACAUGACAUAUAACGAAAUGAAGAGACCAGAAAAAGAUAUGCUGUAUUCAUCGUGGUUACAACGUUUUAAGGAUCGAUUUAACAAUAAAAUAAUUUGAAGUUCGGUAUCAUUUACCAAUCAGUUUCAAAAUUGUUCAUUCGGCGAAGUUUCUAAAUCGUUUAGUCUCGAAACCAUUUUAGUCUAAAAAAAAGAAAAAAGUUUAAAACAUUGCGAUAUUUGAUACAGUAUACGUUUUCGCUUUUUAUUUUGUACUUGCUUGUAUUUUUGAGUUCAUAUUAUUUUGUGAUACGCAAUAUUUAAUAACAAUCAUUAUUAUUACUACUGAAACACUGUAAAUGUAAAAGUAAUGAAAUUGAAAAUAUCAAAGAAAGAUCUAUCACUUCUAUUGUAUUAAUUCCUUCAUUUCCAAAAGAAAUAAGCGAACCACCCACGAGCGAAUCGUUUGAUCUCUCCAAAGAAAAAAAAAAAAAACUAACGCAUCGCCUCUCUUGCUUGAUCAAAGAUAACCAUAAAAAAGAAAAAGAAAGCAUCGAGAAUACCAUCGCGCGUAUAUUCCAUCGAUCACUUUUACUCGCCAGUCAGCUCGAGUCAGCUCGAAUGUCGUUCAACACGCGAAGAACAUAUGUGCUCGAUCUCGUGCUCGAUCCACGUGCAAUUUAACCGUAUGUAUUACUCGCGUAAACAACUCCCUUGGAUGGUUAACGGAUAGUGACAUGGCAUGAGUUUUCAAUGCUGAGUUGCGCAACAGUGAUCGGCCAGGGCUGUCCGUUUUACAAGAGAGAGAGAGAGAGAGAGUCGCAGGAUUGGGUAAUUAAAAUUCUCAUUAAAGGCAGCGGCGGCAUCUUGAAACGCAGCACGGACAAUGGGGGCCUGGAUCGAGGCCGCGGGCCCUAAGGGUAAAAUGGAGCCGUGGCCGGAGGAGUGGAGAAAGGGGAGGGUCAAGAGGGAGCGGGCCGGUGAGAGGCAGAAUGGAACGGAGCUAACAGGCCAUGAAGAAAGAGGAAACCCGUGCCGAAGUCUCGUUUACAAUCGAGGUAUCUGGAGGAGCCGAAACGCGGAGCAGCCCCUUCGGAUUGGGCUUGUUCUUCUGCACCUCAUAAAAUACCUGACGCGUUCGCGCACGUAUGUAGCGGAUGUUGUUUCGUGGAUUCGUGAUGUUUCUUCAACAGGUGCGUUUAAAUUUCAACCGUGUGUUUCGUCCAUUAUUUUCCACGACGAUUGUUCCGCCUAAGUCGACGAGAGGAAUCGAAUUAUCAUUGGGACGUUUCUAACUUAUUUUCUAAUUUUGAUUCGAUUAAAAAUUGUAGGCUGAUUAUCUUUUACUAUUACCUCACGUAUGAUGCUUAAGAUGAAUAACUACGUUUUCAAAUAAAUAAUUAUUUCUUGGCUCGAUACAAGUAAA